AGACUAACACGGCUCCCCCUCUGAUACGAGAUCCCCAUAAUGAGUUUACAAAAUCUGCAAACGUGGGUGCGUGGGUGGGUGAGGGAAGGGAAGAUUUUUCCAAAUUAAAAAAAAAAUCCAACUUUUCAACUGGAGAAGAUGAAAAGGAAUUUUAAUUCUUUAGAAAAAUACAUAUUUUGGGGUGUGACACAGGGUGCCUGGGGCAGCGCACAUGGAAAAUGCCUUGGGCCGGGCGGACUGCAGAAAAGGAGAGCAGCUUCUCCCACAGGUGGUGGUUUGCACUGUCGUUACAUUCACCAGCCAGUCACACACGGGGAAAAUAACAGAAACUGAACAGGGUUCAUCGAGGAUCUGUUGCCAGAAUGGGAGAGGUGAAUCCUGUUCCGCCCCAGAAUUCAAGCAACCUCUCCCUGCUCAGCCCUGACCCGAGGCUCACCAAAACAAGAAACUACUUAAUCAGUAGACAACAGUCCCUUCUCCUUGUUUCGCCCCCUGAAGCAAAUUCCUGGGGAUUUUUCUCCUAAGGGCUAAAUUUGUUCCAGCAGCAAAGAGUGAUUCCCUGACCCCACCCAUUAGGGGCACCUGGACCGUAAAGGACAGUUCCUCAGCACACGCUGUGUAAGGAAGAUGGAAGAACUAAAAUUUAUCCCUGGUAACAAAUUUUCAAAAGACAGAAAUACACUGCCUGGUCUGUCUGAGCAGGAAACUGAUGAGAUCAAGGCUGCUCUCGAAGCAGGAGACCUCUCAGGAGCAGCGUAUGUGGUGCACAGGUCUGACGAGUUGUUUAAAAACACCGAGCUCAACAUUGCAAUCACAGGGGAGUCAGGAGCUGGGAAAUCGUCCUUCCUCAAUGCCCUCCGGGGCCUGGGAGAUGAAGACAAAGAAGCUGCUAAGACCGGGGUGGUAGAGACAACCAAAGAACCAAUGCCGUACCAGCAUUCCAAGUACCGCAAUGUGAUCUUCUGGGACCUGCCGGGGAUUGGGACCCCAGCUUUUCAGCCAGACAGUUACCUGGAGCAGGUGACAUUCAAUCGCUAUGACUUCUUCGUCGUCAUUGCUUCGGAGCGGUUCAGGGCCAACCACGCCAAACUGGCCCAGGAGAUCCAUAAGAUGGGGAAGAAGUUUUACUUUGUGCGCUCCAAGGUGGACUUGGACAUUUACAAUGAGAAACACAAAAAGAGCUUCAAUGAGGAGAGAACCCUGGAGCAAAUCAGAAACGACUGCAUCGAACACCUGUGCGGAGAAGGGAUGAGCUCCCCGCAGGUUUUCCUGGUGUCAAGCAAAGAAUUUCAGAAAUACGAUUCUUCCAAACUGCAGAAAACGUUGCUGAAGGAACUGGAAAGUCACAAGAAAUUCCUUUUCCUCUUGGCCCUGCCCAACCUUUCCAAACCAAUCUUGGAAAAGAAAAAAAAAGCUUUGCAAAGACAGAUCUGGAAACAAGCCCUGAAGUCGUGCACCAUUGCUGCUGUUCCUCUCCCGGUUCUCUCGGUGAAGUGCGAUGUUGGCAUCCUGGUGGAUAACAUGAGAGGGUAUUGUGAGAGCUUUGGGCUGGAUGACAGUUCCCUCUUUAUACUCGCUAGCCAGGUUGGGAAGUCUGUCGCUGAGCUGAAGGGCGUGAUCAAGUCCCCACUGGCCAAAAAUAUUUCAGAAGAAAUGGCUGAGAAGCAGCUGACUAAGGCUGCAGGAAAGGGUCUAAUUUUAGCUAAACAUUUUAUCAGCAUGAUACCGGUGGUUGGGACCAUAUUUGCUGCAGAGAGGUCUUUCACAGUGACAUACAGAAUGCUGAACAACUUUUUAGAUGAUGUCGCUGAAGACGCCCAAAGAGUCCUGAUCAAGGCAUUGGAGACAGAAGAGAAAACAAAUGAAUAACAGCCACAAAAGACCAGUAAACUGAUACACGCCUCUGGCAGAUGGAGAUUGGAGCCAACCAGAGGACAAUGACAGAUUCUUCUGUACUCUGAUUUCAUGCAACCAAAGAAAAAAAAAUAUUGAAAAAGAUCUCCAGAGUUUGAGCUUUAAAAUACAAAGAUGUAUUUCUAGUGCGGAGGAACAGGAAAAACUGAGGUACAGUUCCCUGGCCCCACAAUUUUUUUAAGCCAGGCCCCAGCUGGGAUAAUUGAGGGACAGCAUCAGGGCAAAUACCAGCUCAAAAGGUCCUGAUCUAAAUUAAUUAAAAGCAUCAAGCAAGAGUUUUAAAAUAUAUUUUAACUUUCUCUGUGUAAACCAGUGGAGAUUCCUUGAGUCCAAUGGAGCGAUUGACACCAGCUGAGGAUGUGGCCUAUUGCAUGCGGUGUAAACCGGUGCAGAAUCUGACCGUGAGCAGCCAUCAGAGCUGUAAUAACAGCGCAAAAUGUGAUCAGAAAAUAGUUGAAACCGGAACCAGCUCCUUCCAGCUUUUGUUCUUUUCCUGAGUCCUUUCUCCUUUGCCAUUCAAUGCAGGGUUAGACCAAUUCAACCUAAAGCCUGUGAACGCAAUUAAUUAAAAAAACACCAUUAAAAAUAGAUUUCUGAGCAGUAAGACACCGACCUGAGACCUGUAUCCUGCUCAGCUCCCAUGGGCUCAGCUCUCAACUCAACACUGCUCUAAUGCGGGUCCCUGCGCCCCAGGGAAACAGACUUGGUUAGAAACCCCGAGCACAGAUCCCCAGUAUUGCACCGAGCUCCAUUGAUCCAAUCCCAUUGACCCACUCUGGGGAUCUGUUUAAUGGGUCUCAUAGCAGAGGUUUGCUAAUGAUUCUUUUCUCCAUCUGCCGUCCUUGUGCUAGAGGCUGUUAUUAGCUCUGUAACUAAGUUGUACCCUGAGCAGGGUUUGGAAGCAUCUGGCUCCUAAACCCAUAUCAGAGGAUUAAGAGUUAAAUUGCUGAAGUGAGAUUUUUCAUAUGGGCCUGAGCUGCAGUUUGAGCUGCUGCUGAUGGUGGUUUUGGUGCUGAUGUGUUUGUUUAAUGUGGAGUUUAGAUUGGCCUGGCGUCAGGGAAUCACCCCACACCGCUCAGACUCACCUGGGAUUUGCAGUUUGUAACCGCGAUGUGUCGGGCUUUGAUGACGAUUGGUUCAUAUGAUGCCACGCACCAGCCUAUCGCAAAUUAUUUGCUCUAUAUUCCACAGUCAGUAAUUCAUGUGAUUGCAUCUCUUUGCUCUGUGUAUUCGCUGCUUGUGGUUUUGUCAUCACUGCAGAUCUUAGCGCAAUACUUUUGUCUUUUAAUAAACUCCCAGUCAGCUGGAUCUGA